AUGGAUAUAAAAGACAGAAGGCACCGUUCUUUGACAAGAGGUAGAUGUGGGAAGGAAUGUCGUUAUACAAGUUCUUCACUGGACAGUGAAGACUGCAGAGUACCUACUCAGAAGUCCUAUAGUUCAAGUGAGACCCUGAAGGCUUACGAUCAUGACACAAGAAUGCAUUAUGGAAAUCGAGUCACUGACCUAGUUCACAGAGAAGCAGAUGAGUUUCCAAGGCAAGGAACUAACUUCACCCUUGCUGAACUAGGAAUUUGUGAGCCCUCCCCCCACCGAAGUGGUUAUUGCUCAGAUAUAGGAAUCCUUCAGCAAGGCUAUUCCCUCAGUACUGGGUCUGAUGCUGACUCAGAUACAGAGGGUGGAGUGUCUCCUGAGCAUGCCAUACGACUUUGGGGGAGAGGGAUUAAAUCCAGGCGGAGCUCUGGUCUGUCAAGCCGUGAAAAUUCUGCCCUUACCCUGACUGACUCUGACAAUGACAAUAAAUCAGAUGAGGAAAACGGUCGUCCCAUUCCACCUACAUCCUCGUCUAGCCUUCUCCCAUCUGCUCAGCUGCCCAGUUCCCAUAAUCCACCACCAGUUAGCUGCCAGAUGCCCUUGCUAGACAGCAAUACUUCCCAUCAAAUUAUGGAUACCAACCCUGAUGAGGAGUUCUCCCCAAAUUCAUACCUGCUAAGAGCUUGCACAGGGCCACAGCAGACUUCCAGCAGCGGGCCUUCAAAUCACCACAGCCAGUCAACUCUGAGACCACCUCUUCCACCACCUCACAAUCAUACUCUAUCCCAUCACCAUUCCUCUGCCAACUCCCUCAACAGGAAUUCCUUAACAAAUCGGCGGAACCAGAUCCAUGCACCAGCUCCUGCACCAAAUGAUUUGGCUACCACUCCUGAAUCUGUUCAAUUACAGGAUAGCUGGGUGCUGAAUAGCAAUGUGCCACUUGAGACCAGGCAUUUUUUGUUCAAGACGUCAUCUGGAACAACUCCUCUGUUCAGUAGUUCUUCCCCUGGAUACCCGCUGACCUCAGGAACAGUUUACACACCGCCCCCCCGACUGUUACCUAGAAAUACUUUCUCCAGAAAUGCAUUCAAGCUGAAAAAGCCCUCCAAAUACUGUAGCUGGAAGUGUGCUGCUUUAUCAGCUAUUGCUGCUGCAAUCUUGCUUGCCAUACUGUUGGCCUAUUUUAUAGCGAUGCAUAUGCUUGGGCUAAAUUGGCAGCUACAACCAGCAGAUGGACACACCUUUAACAAUGGAAUAAGGACAGGCUUGCCAGGCUCUGAUGAUGUAGCAACCAUGCCAUCUGGAGGCAAAGGACCAUGGGCCACUAGAAACAACAGCAUUGACAGUGGGGAGGCAGAGGUUGGACGGAGGGUUACUCAAGAAGUGCCACAAGGAGUAUUCUGGCGAACACAAAUCCACAUCGCACAGCCACAAUUCCUGAAAUUCAACAUCUCCUUAGGGAAGGAUGCUCUUUUUGCCGUCUAUAUAAGAAGAGGACUUCCACCUUCCCAUGUGCAGUAUGAUUUUAUGGAACGUUUAGAUGGGAAAGAGAAAUGGAGCGUUGUAGAAUCUCCUCGUGAGCGUCGAAGUAUCCAGACCCUGGUUCAGAAUGAAGCUGUAUUUGUUCAAUACCUGGAUGUGGGGCUGUGGCACCUUGCCUUUUACAACGAUGGCAAGGAUAAAGAAGUGGUUUCUUUCAGUACCGUUGUCUUGGAUUCUGUACAGGACUGUCCACGCAAUUGUCAUGGGAAUGGUGAAUGUGUGUCUGGAAUCUGUCAUUGUUUUCCUGGCUACCAUGGAGCAGAUUGUGCAAAAGCUGCGUGUCCAGUUCUGUGCAGUGGCAAUGGACAAUACACCAAAGGAGCCUGUUUGUGCUACAGUGGCUGGAAAGGGCCAGAGUGUGACAUACCCAUCAGCCAGUGUAUUGAUCCGUCAUGUGGAGGCCAUGGUUCUUGCAUUGAAGGGAACUGUGUUUGCUCUGUAGGAUACAAAGGCGAAAACUGUGAGGAAGUUGAUUGCUUGGAUCCAUCCUGUUCCAACCAUGGUGUCUGUGUAAAUGGAGAAUGCCUCUGUAGCCCAGGUUGGGGAGGUUUAAAUUGUGAACUUCCACGUGCCCAGUGUCCAGACCAGUGCAGUGGGCAUGGCACAUAUCUCUCUGACACAGGCCUCUGUAACUGUGAUCCCAACUGGAUGGGUCCUGACUGCUCCGUUGAAGUAUGUUCUGUAGACUGUGGCACUCAUGGAGUAUGCAUUGGCGGAGCAUGUCGCUGUGAAGAGGGCUGGACAGGGAUAGCCUGUGACCAACGUGUUUGCCAUCCCCGCUGCACAGAACAUGGAACUUGUAAAGAUGGAAAAUGUGAAUGCCGAGAGGGCUGGAAUGGGGAGCACUGCACCAUUGAUGGCUGCCCUGAUUUGUGCAAUGGCAAUGGGAGAUGCACACUCGGUCAGAACAGCUGGCAGUGUGUCUGCCAGACCGGCUGGAGAGGGCCUGGAUGCAAUGUUGCUAUGGAAACCUCCUGUGCUGAUAACAAGGAUAAUGAGGGAGAUGGCCUCAUUGAUUGUCUGGAUCCAGAUUGCUGCCUCCAGUCGACUUGUCAGAAUAGCCUACUCUGUCGUGGCUCACGUGAUCCCCUAGACAUUAUACAGCAAAGUCACACUGGUUCAGCAGCUGUAAAGUCAUUCUAUGAUCGAAUUAAGCUCUUAGUGGGAAAAGACAGCACUCAUAUAAUCCCAGGAGAAAACCCCUUCAAUAGCAGCCUUGUGUCUCUGAUAAGAGGUCAAGUGGUGACUACAGAUGGGACCCCACUUGUUGGAGUCAAUGUGUCAUUUGUCAAGUAUCCAAAAUAUGGCUACACCAUCACUCGCCAGGAUGGCACGUUUGAUUUGAUUGCAAAUGGAGGAGCAUCUCUAACUCUUCACUUUGAACGAGCCCCAUUCAUGAGUCAAGAGAGGACAGUGUGGCUACCAUGGAAUAGCUUCUAUGCAAUGGAUACCCUCACUAUGAAAACUGAAGAGAACUCUAUUCCCAGCUGUGACUUAAGUGGUUUCAUCAGGCCUGAUCCUGUUAUAAUUUCAUCACCACUUUCCACCUUUUUCAGUGAUGCCCCUGGUCGAAAUCCAAUUGUUCCAGAGACCCAGGUUCUUCAUGAAGAAAUUGAGAUUCCAGGUGCCAACAUAAAGCUCUGCUAUCUGAGUUCCCGUACUGCUGGAUACAGAUCUUUGCUUAAAAUCACCAUGACACAAUCUCUUGUGCCUCUGAACUUAAUUAAAGUUCAUCUCAUGGUAGCAGUGGAAGGGCAUCUUUUCCAAAAGUCAUUCCAAGCAUCUCCCAAUUUGGCAUAUACUUUCAUUUGGGAUAAAACAGAUGCCUAUGGCCAGAAAGUUUACGGGCUCUCGGAUGCUGUAGUGUCUGUGGGCUUUGAGUAUGAGACCUGUCCCAGUCUGAUUUUAUGGGAGAAAAGGACUGCUCUACUGCAAGGCUUUGAACUUGACCCUUCAAAUCUAGGUGGUUGGUCUUUGGAUAAGCAUCAUGUACUUAAUAUAAAAAGUGGUAUUCUACACAAAGGUAGUGGAGAGAAUCAGUUUCUAACUCAACAACCAGCAGUAAUUACCAGCAUUAUGGGGAAUGGUCGUCGUCGAAGUAUCUCCUGUCCAAGUUGCAAUGGACUUGCAGAAGGAAACAAACUCCUGGCUCCUGUUGCACUUGCAGUGGGAAUUGAUGGGAGCCUAUUCGUUGGGGAUUUCAACUACAUUCGACGCAUCUUUCCCUCAAGGAAUGUCACCAGCAUUUUGGAGUUAAGAAAUAAAGAAUUUAAACAUAGUAACAAUCCUGCCCACAAGUACUACCUAGCCGUGGAUCCUGUUUCGGGCUCCCUUUAUGUUUCGGAUACCAACAGUCGUCGAAUUUACAAAGUCAAAAGCCUUACUGGUGCGAAAGACCUGGCUGGUAAUUCUGAAGUGGUAGCAGGGACAGGGGAGCAGUGCCUGCCUUUUGAUGAGGCCAGAUGUGGUGAUGGAGGGAAAGCAGUGGAUGCAACUUUAAUGAGUCCACGAGGAAUUGCAGUGGAUAAAUAUGGCCUUAUGUAUUUUGUUGAUGCAACGAUGAUCCGGAAAGUUGAUCAGAAUGGUAUCAUAUCAACUCUGCUGGGCUCUAAUGACCUGACUGCUGUUCGGCCACUGAGCUGUGAUUCCAGCAUGGAUGUCACCCAGGUGCGACUGGAAUGGCCAACUGAUCUGGCUGUCAAUCCAAUGGAUAACUCACUGUAUGUACUGGAGAAUAAUGUCAUUUUGCGAAUCACUGAGAACCAUCAGGUUAGCAUCAUUGCUGGUCGUCCAAUGCACUGUCAGGUUCCUGGUAUAGACUACGCCCUUAGCAAACUGGCCAUUCAUUCUGCAUUGGAGUCAGCGAGUGCCAUUGCCAUCUCACACACUGGUAUUCUUUACAUCAGUGAGACAGAUGAGAAAAAAAUUAACCGGCUUCGUCAGGUCACCACCAAUGGCGAGAUUUGCCUUCUGGCUGGGGCAGCUUCAGACUGUGACUGCAAAAAUGAUGUCAACUGUAAUUGCUAUGCUGGGGAUGAUGCUUAUGCAACUGAUGCCAUCUUAAACACUCCAUCCUCCUUAGCUGUGGCACCAGAUGGUACUAUUUACAUAGCAGAUCUUGGAAAUAUACGUAUCAGGGCGGUCAGCAAAAAUAAACCAAUCCUCAACUCUUUCAACCAAUAUGAAAUUGCUUCACCAAGAGAGCAGGAACUGUACAUCUUCACCAUUGAUGGUAUCCAUCAGUAUACUCUCAGCCUUGUCACAGGGGAAUACCUAUAUAAUUUCACCUAUAGUGCUGAUAAUGAUGUGACUGAAUUGGUUGACAAUAAUGGCAACUCUCUGAAAAUUAGGCGGGAUACAAACGGAGCAGCACGCCAUUUGUUAAUGCCUGACAAUCAAAUUGUGACUCUUGCUGUCAGCACAAAUGGUGGUCUUAAAGUAGUGUCAACCCAGACCUUGGAACUUGGAUUAAUGACUUAUCAUGGAAGCAGUGGUCUCCUGGCAACGAAAAGUGAUGAAACGGGAUGGACAACCUUUUAUGACUAUGACCAUGAAGGACGCCUUACCAAUGUAACUCGCCCUACUGGUGUAGUAACCAGCCUUCAUCGUGAAAUGGAAAAGUCUAUUACUAUAGAUAUUGAAAACUCCAACCGUGAUGAUGAUGUCACAGUAAUUACCAAUCUCUCCUCUGUGGAGGCAUCCUACACAGUUGUUCAAGAUCAAGUGAGAAACAGCUAUCAGCUCUGCAGUAAUGGCACCCUGCGAGUGAUGUAUGCAAAUGGAAUGAGUAUUAGCUUCCACAGUGAACCACACGUCCUAGCUGGUACUGUGACCCCAGCAAUAGGACGAUGCAAUAUUUCAUUGCCAAUGGAGAAUGGCUUAAAUUCAAUAGAGUGGCGCCUCAGAAAGGAGCAAAUUAAAGGAAAAGUUACUGUGUUUGGAAGAAAGCUCAGGGUCCAUGGAAGAAACUUGCUAUCUAUUGACUAUGAUCGUAACAUUCGCACAGAGAAAAUAUAUGAUGAUCACCGGAAGUUUACACUGCGUAUUAUUUAUGAUCAGCUUGGACGCCCUUUCCUCUGGCUACCGAGCAGUGGACUUGCUGCUGUGAAUGUCUCUUAUUUCUCAAAUGGACGAUUGGCUGGGCUUCAGCGUGGUGCCAUGAGUGAAAGAACAGAGAUUGACAAACAAGGCAGGAUUGUUGCACGCAUGUUUGCUGAUGGAAAAGUAUGGAGUUAUACAUACUUAGAAAAAUCUAUGGUACUACUCCUUCAAAGUCAGCGGCAAUACAUCUUUGAAUAUGACUCUUCAGAUCGGCUGCAUGCUGUCACUAUGCCAAGCAUCGCUCGGCACAGCAUGUCCACUCACACCUCAAUCGGCUAUAUUCGAAAUAUUUAUAACCCACCUGAAAGUAAUGCUUCAGUGAUUUUUGAUUACAGCGAUGAUGGAAGGAUUUUGAAAACAUCUUUUUUAGGAACUGGUCGGCAAGUUUUCUACAAAUACGGGAAGUUAUCAAAGUUGUCGGAGAUUGUGUAUGACAGUACAGCAGUGACUUUUGGAUAUGAUGAAACCACUGGAGUUCUGAAGAUGGUUAACCUACAGAGCGGUGGCUUUUCUUGCACCAUCCGCUAUCGUAAAAUUGGCCCUCUGGUUGACAAACAGAUUUACAGAUUCUCUGAAGAAGGUAUGGUCAAUGCCAGGUUUGAUUAUACCUAUCAUGAUAAUAGUUUUCGAAUAGCUAGCAUCAAGCCUAUAAUAAGUGAGAUCCCUCUUCCAGUUGACCUCUAUCGUUAUGAUGAAAUCUCAGGCAAAGUAGAGCACUUUGGUAAAUUUGGGGUAAUCUAUUAUGAUAUAAAUCAAAUAAUCACAACAGCUGUAAUGACACUGAGCAAACAUUUUGAUACACACGGACGGAUUAAAGAAGUUCAGUAUGAAAUGUUCCGAUCCCUCAUGUACUGGAUGACAGUGCAAUAUGACAGUAUGGGAAGGGUAACUAAGAGAGAAUUAAAGCUUGGGCCUUAUGCCAAUACAACUAAAUACACGUAUGAUUAUGAUGGAGAUGGGCAGCUCCAGAGCGUGGCAGUCAAUGACAGACCAAACUGGCGUUACAGUUAUGAUCUAAAUGGCAACUUGCAUCUCUUGAACCCUGGAAACAGUAUCCGAUUGAUGCCACUGCGCUAUGAUCUAAGAGAUAGGAUUACACGACUAGGUGACAUGCAGUAUAAAAUUGAUGAUGAUGGUUUUCUGUGUCAAAGAGGCUCUGACAUAUUUGAAUACAAUUCCAAGGGCCUCUUAACCAGAGCUUAUAAUAAAGCAAAUGGAUGGAGUGUUCAAUACCGUUACGAUGGAUUAGGAAGACGAGCUUCUUACAAAACUAACUUGGGACAUCACCUUCAAUAUUUUUAUGCUGAUCUUCACAACCCAACUAGGAUCACACAUGUGUAUAACCACUCCAAUUCAGAAAUUACCUCUCUUUACUAUGAUCUGCAAGGCCAUCUUUUUGCAAUGGAAAGCAGCAGUGGAGAAGAAUAUUAUGUUGCCUCGGAUAAUACAGGUACACCACUGGCAGUUUUCAGUAUCAACGGUCUAAUGAUCAAGCAACUGCAAUACACAGCCUAUGGGGAGAUCUAUCAUGAUACUAAUCCUGACUUCCAAAUAGUCAUUGGAUUUCAUGGAGGGCUAUAUGAUCCCUUAACAAAACUUGUCCAUUUUACUCAAAGAGAUUAUGAUGUUUUGGCUGGACGUUGGACCUCUCCUGACUAUACCAUGUGGAAAAAUGUUGGUAAGGAACCUGCUCCAUUCAACUUGUAUAUGUUCAAGAGCAACAAUCCUCUCAGCAAUGAACUGGAUUUAAAGAACUAUGUGACAGAUGUGAAAAGCUGGCUAGUGAUGUUUGGUUUUCAACUCAGCAACAUUAUACCUGGUUUCCCAAGAGCAAAAAUGUACUUUGUACCACCUCCUUAUGAGCUGUCAGAAUCUCAGGCAUGUGAAAACGGGCAGUUAAUUACUGGAGUACAGCAAACAACAGAGAGGCACAACCAAGCCUUCAUGGCCCUUGAGGGACAAGUCAUAUCAAAAAGAUUACAUGCCAAUCUUAGAGAGAAAGCAGGUCACUGGUUUGCAACCACUACUCCGAUUAUAGGUAAGGGGAUCAUGUUUGCUGUGAAGGAAGCCAGAGUAACCACAGGCAUUUCGAGCAUUGCAACGGAAGACAGCCGAAAAAUUGCCUCUGUGCUUAACAAUGCUUACUACUUGGACAAAAUGCACUAUAGCAUUGAGGGGAAAGACACCCAUUAUUUUGUCAAGAUUGGCUCAUCUGAUGGUGAUCUUGUCACCCUGGCCAUGACAAGUGGACGUAAAGUAUUGGAUAGUGGAAUCAAUGUUACAGUAUCCCAGCCCACCCUCCUAAUCAAUGGAAGGACUCGAAGGUUUACCAACAUUGAAUUCCAGUAUUCCACUUUAUUGAUUAACAUACGUUAUGGUCUGACCCCAGACACUCUGGAUGAAGAAAAGGCUAGAGUUCUGGACCAAGCUCGGCAGAGGGCCUUGGGGUCAGCCUGGGCCAAAGAGCAACAGAAGGCACGGGACGGCAAAGAGGGAAGCCGCCUGUGGACUGAAGGAGAGAAGCAGCAGCUUUUGAGUACAGGCAGAGUUCAAGGUUAUGAAGGAUACUAUGUGCUCCCAGUAGAGCAGUAUCCAGAGCUGGCAGACAGUAGCAGCAACAUCCAGUUCUUAAGACAGAAUGAGAUGGGAAAGAGGUAACCAAUUUAUCUGCUGUCAUCCUUGCCUGGAUGAAUCAGUAGUUACAACUGUUAUCUCCUCUCCUAAGGAGAUGAAGACCAUCGGGGGCACUCGGCUGAACUGCUUUGGGAUAAGAGGUGGCAAGAGAGCUCACAUUUUUUGAGUCAAAUGCUGCUGCUCAAGGGAUUAAAAACUACAUCCUGAAGUGGACUAAAGCCAGACUGAACACUUUAAGUCAUUUAAGUUCAAAAGUACCCCAUAAAUAUUACCCACUUGUUGUGGGUCUAAAGAAAAAAAUAAUAGUUUCACAUCAAAAAUACUGAAAAAGAAGGCCUCAUCUUAUAUUACCUCACUCCAUUCACAUGUGAGCAAAUGUUCAAGAAAUCCAAGAGGGCCACCCACCAUCCACUAAGUCAGCUGAUGAGAAAGAUUCUUCAGGCUGCUUGUUUGAUAAACAUUCUGGAGGUUUUUCAUUUAAACACAAAAUACAGGUGCAUUUAAUACAUGACUUCUGGGGUGAUUUGUGUGUAGCAACUGGAAGAAAUGAGGAGAGCAGGAGCAACAGAGCACUGGAAAUAGUAACAGAAAUAUAUUAAGGAAUAUAAAUCUGAACUUGCACUCUGUCCCUGAUUUUGUCUGGCCUAAGGUUAAUUUAUUCAAAGAGGGCAGAGUGUAAAGUUCAAUUCAAAAUUGUGGCUAUAAAUCACUACUGAUAAAUUUCAUACUCUGUUUGUCUUUGAAGAUUCCAUUGUGGGCAGUAACACAGUUGCAGGGUGUAGUCUGUUUAGAUUCAGUAGUUUGUUGGUCAGUUCUAGUAGAGCUGUGGGCAUUGUAUUAACACUGUUGCAAAUGGGCACCAAUUCAGAUCACCCUGUACAUACAUCAGCCAGAAGGCACAAUCACUGUUUCAGAUUUUAAAAAUAAAAAAAUAUUAGUGUGUUUGUUUGGUCAAGAAACUGAGACAAUCACAUUAUGGUCACCAAGAAAAAUAAAAAAAAAUAAAAAAAACAAGUCUGAUAAGAACUUUGGUACAGAACUUUUUUGUAUUAUACAUGUAUGAAUUGUUCAUUGAGUUUUUAUAUUAAUUUUAAUUUGCUGCUAAGCAAAGAAUAGAGGCAGGCAAAGAUAAUUUAUGGCAAAGUGUUUAAAUUGUUUAUACAUAAAUAAAGUCUCUAAAACCCCUGUGAA